AUGCUGCGCCGUAGCUCAGUCGUGCUGGCGAGGUUCCAGCCGUACUCGAUGGCGGUGCAAACCCGGUUUAAAUGGCGGCACAAGGAGACGGACCGGUGGCGGCGGCUGAUGGACGCGACGUGCUUCCAAGUUGAUUGGCUCGGCCAGACGGCCGGCCCGAACUUCGCGCAGUACAGCGGGCACUGGACGCACAUGAUCACCUGCGCGCACGUGAUCACGCCGUGGGAUUACCCCAACUUCUACCCACCGCAGGGGCCAACCCGAUUCGUCUCGCACAUUACUCUGGCGGACACCAUGACGCAGAUUCGGCUCGUCUCGAUGCAGGGCAAUGCCGUGUACAAGCACUUCACGUCAAAUCAACACGUCUUCGUGCAUUCGAACCCGCGGCUGGACCUGUGCGUCCUGCACCCGGAGCAAAAUCUGAAGCGCAGUGGCGAGAUGAAGAUGAUGUGGAUGCAGAACGAAGGGUACAUUUUACGUCCGCGCCUGGAGAUCAACGAAACGCUGAAGGUCGGCGAUCACGUCUGGGUGUACGGCAUGUCAGCGCAUGAGUCGCUGUUUGAUGAGGAAAAGGGGCCAGAGCCUCUCAUGAUCCCUACCGGCGUCCGCGCUCGCGUGCACAGCGUCACGCGCGAGCACUUCUUCCUGGACACAAUGGCACUCGAGGACAACCCAGAUCGUGGCCGCAUCCAGAUGGGCAUGUGCGGCUCCGUCGUGAUGCGCAACGGCAAGUGUGUCGGCAUGCUGACGGCGACGGUGCACGAAGAGAGCGACUGUAAAGAGCUCGCAGGGACGGCCAUGUGCACGUAUUCGUCUGACAUCUUCGAGUUCCUGCUGGAGGUGGAAAAGCAAAUGAAGAACCCCGUUGCGCGUCAGAGCCAGGAGGAGACCCGCUUUGAGCAGCGGCGCCGCGCCGAGGGGUGUGUGGUGAAGGAGUACAAGCACUGGGAGCUGGACGAGAGCCGCACGGCCCGCCACAUCCCCGUCCCUGUUUCGCUCUGGCAUAUGGAGGAGAAGUGGGUGACGGAGGAGGAUUACAUGAACAGCGCCGUCUUUGGCCGCAGCGGUGCCUUUAACCAAGAAACGCAGGAGAGCGCGCUGGGCUACGACAUGAACUCCGCCAAGACAAAUGGCGACCGCCCAGGUGACAUCGACUCCUUUAUGUCGACCACGGCGACUGGCAAGCCUGUGAUGCAAGGCGAGCGAAAGGACUACAGCCCGACCGGCGUGUACGCGAACGCGGAGGAGUUCAAGAACAAGGAUGUGUGGGACUACAACGUGAGCUCCGAGAUGCGCUCUCUGUUCAACGAAACAGUCGACAGCAAGGACGCUGAAAGCCUCAACAUGAUGCGCAAGUCGCUUGAGAACAUCCGUGCGCAGCGGGCGAUGGAGAAGAUGAAGGAGACCGUGAUGAACCGCACGGAGUCGGGCUUCGAUCCGCUGAAGAGCUACGGCCACUACGGCGGGAGCGCCGACGCCGGGGCCGCCAACUUCAGCCCAGAGUACGCUUCAGCCCACAAAGGUGGUGGGGACGCCUACAGUUACGCGCAAGCAGCUCAGCAGGCGGCGCGCGAGCAGCCAGGGGACCAUGCAUCACCUGCGUCGUCUCCGCCGCCGCCGCCGCCAAAUGAGUCCGUUAUAGAUCGAAAGAAGCGCGAGCGACGUGAGGCGGAGGCCGAGUAUCAGGAGGAGCUGCGCCGUCGCCAUGGGCAGCGCGCCGUUCCCUUCGGCGACAAGGACCUCGGCGGCUUCUGGGAGCGACGCUGA